CUUAUCUCCUUGACAAGAAGCCAUUGCUCCACCACGAAUGCCCCCCGUUUUCUCUUAAAUUCUAGAAAUCCUGUGACACCGAGCCAAUUCUUUUGUUUUGUUUGUUCCUUACCCGAGGCAUCACCAAUCUUUGGCGUUUUAGUCAAUCUGAACGUGACCGUGGCUUUGGCUCCCUCUCUUAUAACAGUGACUAGGCGUGCACUCUUCCCCACGACAAACAAAACCUUAUCACCUGUGACCAAUACACCCUUGCGCAUCCACGAUGCUGGGGUUCGGGAAGAAACACGAGGGCGAUGCCUCUGAUGAAGCCCCUCAUGAUGAAGUACACACGCCUCAAGACGACAUUCCUCAGAGGCCUUGGAUUGAGACUGCCCUCCCAGUGUUUGCUUGCGGUGCCGGUCUUUUCUCAGAUGGCUACAUCAACAACGUCAUUGGUUCUGUCAACACCACCUUGAAACGACAAUAUGGAGAUGUCUAUGCCAACUCUAAUGCCUUCAAAUACGUCUCUGACAUCGCCUUCGCUGGAACAGUUGUUGGCCAGCUCGUCUUUGGUUUCCUUGCUGAUCAUUGGUCGCGAACCAAUACGCUCAUGGUCUCAACCGUCAUUCUCAUCAUUUUCACUGCGCUGGCAGCUGGAUCUUACUGGCAUGGACAGGCAGUCGGAAUGUUCAACAUGCUGACUGCUUGGCGAUUCUUUGUCGGUAUCGGUAUCGGAGGUGAAUAUCCAGCUGGUAGCGUUGGAUGCGCCGAGUCCAGCGGUCAGAUGAAGAAGGGAACCCGAAACCGUUGGUUCAUUCUCUUCACAAACUCAAUGAUCGAUUUUGGCUUCGUCAUUGGUGCUUUCGUCCCUUACGUUGUUGCCGCCGCAUGCCAUAAUGGCCACUACAGCACCAUCUGGAGGACAAGUCUUGGCAUUGGAGUCGUCUUCCCUCUUAUCCUCUUCGUCCUUCGACUUCGACUCAAGGAGCCCGAGGAGUUCGCCAAGGAGUCGAUGAGACGCCAAACACCAUACUCGCUGGUCUUGCGCUACUACUGGUUCCGACUGCUCUGCGUCAGUCUGGUUUGGUUCCUCUACAACUUUUCCUCCUACGCCUUCGGUAUCUACUCCUCCUCGAUUCUUGCUGGAAUCUAUGGCGAUGGCGCGAACCUAACCACUGUCUUUGGCUGGAACACUGUCAUCAACAUGUUCUAUCUGCCAGGUACUCUCAUCGGUGCAUUUGUCAGUGACUGGAUCGGUCCUCGAUACACUCUCAUCCUCGGUGUUACUCUCCAAGCCAUCGUCGGAUUCAUCAUGGCCGGUGUCUAUGACAAGAUUUCCACCCAAAUCGCGGCUUUCGCUGUCGUCUUCGGAAUCUUUCAAGCUCUUGGUGAACUCGGCCCCGGAAACAACAUCGGUCUUCUCGCUGCAAAGACAUGUGCCACUGGUGUCCGUGGCCGAUAUUACGGUAUCGCCGCUGCCGUUGGCAAGAUUGGUGCUUUCGUCGGUACCUAUGUGUUUCCCUACAUCCAGGCCGCUGGAGGAAACAAGACUGAGUCAGCCCAGUACCCUUUCUGGGUCUCAUCCAGUCUCUGCAUCCUCUCAGCUCUUAUCGUGUUCUUCUGCAUCCCCCACGUUGGACAAGACACCAUCACCGUUGAAGAUCAAAAGUUCCGCGAAUACCUCCAGGCCAAUGGAUACGAUACUGCGCAGAUGGGCUUCGACUCUGUUGGUAUUGAGGGCGGGGAAGUGAAUGUCACAAAAACAGACGAGAAGUGAAGGCGUUGAAUGUUGUGACUGCAUUUCGCGUGACGAUGUGCGACGUUGGGACACCAAACCAUAAACAUAAUGACCUACUUCUAGCCAAUUAGUGUUUAUAAUCGAAGAGCCCCAGCAAAACUCCCGUGUUCACAAUGACAGCAUCAGG